AUGACUCAUCUUGCAAGAUCCAUUGCCCCACUCAAACUCUACACUGCUGCCACUGCUCAUGAUCUUCAGACAAGACAAACAUACACAGGGCUGCUGAACCUCGGAGAAAUCUCUGAUGAGAAGUGGAUGCAGGCAACCUUACCGAUUAAACAUGGAGGCUUUGGUGUGACCUCUGUGAGAGAAAUUUCUCAGUUUGCAUUCAUUUCUAGCUGGUCACACACAUUAUCAGUUCUGCCCACACGCUUUCCGAUCAUGGAGAAGAUAGUAAACGAUCUCAUUUUUCAAAAUGACACUGACACUUCAAUUGCACUGGAGAUACAUCAGGCCCUACCAUCAGACAAGAGUCUUAGCGAGCUACUUCAAAAGCCCAAGCAACUACAAAGAAGGCUCACUCAACAACACAUGACUUCUAUUUCCAGUUAUAUGAUUGAACAUUCUUGUUCACCUAGAGAUGCAGCCCGCCUUCACUCCCUAAAGGGUAAAGGUGCUGGUGCCUGGAUUGCUGCUAUCCCAGAAUCGGCAAAUUUCGCACUUCAACCUUACGAAUUUCGUCUGGCGUGUUUGUUGAGACUGGGUCUGGAGAUACCGGCUGUGAGCUGCAUCGAGAAAUGUGAAUGUGAUGCUAAUCUGGAUAACACAGGGUAUCACUUACUCACCUGUAAGAAAGGCGGUGGUCCUGUGUGGUCACAUGACUCCAUUGUGUCCGAAUGGUCUGAUUGUUUGAGGCACCUGCAGAUCCACCACAAACGCGAACCUCGAGAUCGGUACACUGACAACAACAAUCGUCCAGACAUUGCUGUCUUUGAUGCGGGCUCAGGCACCAAUGUAGAGCUUGAUGUAGCCUUGGCUCAUCCUUGGGCAAAAGACACAUUGUUCCAAGCUUCUAAAAGGGAAGCAGCAGCAGCUGCAAACAGGGAGAACAGGAAGUUAACCAAAUAUAGUCAAGUCACUCUCCCCGGUGCGUCUUCCUUGACACUUGUUCCACUUGUAUUUGAGCAUUUUGGCCAUUGGGGAGAACGAGCCACCAGAUACCUACAGGAACUAUCAACCAGGUCGACGGAUGAUGAUGGCAAUAAGAAUGCUAAUGAAUUCAUGUGUUACUGGAGAAAACGAUUCUCAACAGCGCUACAACGUUGCAAUGCUAGGACUAUUGCAGGAAAACUAUCACACCUUUUAUCUAUGAGCUCCAGCAAUGAAUGGUCAGGGUGUAAGGCAUAUAAGUAUUCCGCAUCAAUAGAAGACCUUUCUCAGGUGGAGAUUCAGUUGGCUGUAAUUCCUUGA